CCGAACAGGCUUCUGCGAGGCUCUACCUUGGCCGCGGUCGUCUGCCGAGCGUUCAUAGGGCGACCCCGGAUUUCUCGUGCUUCCCGACGGUUGGUAGGAAAUUCCUUCUUGUUGAUCGACUGAAGCUUCAGUCAAUAUGGCGUUCGCUUGCGCCAAGAUUAAGAAUUGCUUCCCAGCGUCGGCUCGGCAUUUCAUGUGCGCUCUAAAUCCGCACAAAUACGCUUAAUGUAGCCGUUGCUCGCUACAAUGAGGCGCACCUCCCCGCUGUGCAAUCCAAACCCUCCAUGGCAGUGCUCAUAAGGACGACAGAAGAAGUCCACGACACCCGUGUGGCCACUAGCACUGUGGUUGGCAUGGUGCUUGGCGUUCUGAGCCUUUUUGUCCUCAUCGUCACCUACCAAUUCCUCCCGAGGCGGGCAUCCUCGCGGCCACGCGCAGUCAGUGCACUCGCGCCGCCACCACCUAAGCCUCGUCCACUCGUUGUCCGCAUCCGCACACGAUGUUCCACGCUCCUUAACUCUAUCUUCCGCAAGCGCCAGACACCCACCACCGAGCCCGCCCAGCCAGGCCAUCGCACGAUGCGCUCCUUCCACCUGACACCAGAACGUCGACGCGAGCGCGAGCACAACAGACUCAAGUUUGCCAAGUCACUGCGGAUCAAGAUCGACCUCCCACCCUUUCCACACGUAUCGCUGAGCAACACGCCGGCGUCAACGCCGCGGCCACCGAAGCGCGCCUACAGCCGCAUGCGGGACAGCGACGACGGAUACGAGUGUCUCCUGAAGCCAGAGUCCACGCCUCACACGCCGCUCACGCCUCACACGCCUCACACGCCACGCUCGCCGCCGGACUACCCAUCGCCGACGUCCCCGCCGCCGCGGUUCAGGCCCUUCGCAUCGCCGAUGCCGUUCCCGGGCUCCCCGCCACCACUCUACCCGCCACCGCCUGCCUACGUUCCGCGCACUAACUGCAUCCCGCUAUGA